UAAGUGUGGUUAAGAGUGUACAGCAUGCGUCACGCUCACACGUCGCGAGUACGAUUUUUGUGUGGACGUCCAGUGUGUGGCUGCUGUGGGAAAAGCUGAAGAAAAUUGCAUUUUUUGCAUAAUGCGCGACGUGAAAAGCUAACAAAAGUUGUGCUAAAUCAAAAUUCAAUAGCUUGGCCACGGUUUGUGCGUAAGAGCGGGCGGCGCGAAAGUGUUUGGUGCACAAAAACCACGUCUCGAAAAAGUCAAGAAUUCUACGUGCACACAUUUUUUGGGCUGCCAUAUAUAAAAAAACGCAUACAAACGCAUUUUCUUUCUGUAUAGCGGAGCAGCACACACACAAGCCGAGAAGCACACACACACAGACGCAUACAAUUGCACUCACGAGAUAUGCGAGCAUAAAGAAGAAUUUUUUCUUAGUUGUAUUACAAGAGCAUUAGAUACAUAUAUAAGUAUAUAAAUAUACAUAUAUACACGCCUAGGUGUGUACAUAAAGAUACAUACAUAUAAUUAAACGAAAGCUGUGCCUACAUUUGUGUUCUUUUCCAAUACUAAAAUAACAUUAAAAAACAAAAACAAUAAUAACAAAUAAAAUAAUGCAAGUCAAGAAAGAGGCAGAGACGAGAUAAUACCCAACUUGUCUGUUGCUAAUUCCAAUUUAUAUAAAUACGCCUACGCCACGCCCACGCGCAACAACAACAACAAAAAAACAAAUGAAAAAUCAACCAAACGAAUAAAACUUUAAACUACUUUAAAGUGUGAUAAGCAAAAGGCUGAAAUCAAAAAAAAAAAAAAAAAAAAAAUAAUUAGUAGAAAACCAAAAGCAAGAUCAACAACAACAACCACAACAAAGAAAACAACAAUCAAUUACAUUUUACACCAAAACACGAAACAUCAAAAACGAGAAGAAAAACAACACGAGCCAAUCUUUUAUACAUUAAUUAUUUUUCUUAAACCAAAACCUAACUUAGUGCAAAAACAUGUAUCCAGUUGGACAACAGUCACAGUGGACCCCCUCGCCCACUCGGCCUCAGAGUCCCUCUCAGGCGCAGACUAGCUUCGACACGCUCACAUCACCACCAGCGCCCGGCUCGUCGGUCAAUCCCACCGCAGUCACCAGCCCGAGUGCCCAGAAUGUGGCCGCUGGUGGAGCAACUGUGGCCGGUGCCGCUGCAACUGCCGCCCAGGUGGCCUCCGCUUUGGGCGCCACCACCGGCAGCGUGACGCCAGCGAUUGCUACGGCCACGCCAGCCACGCAGCCGGACAUGCCCGUCUUUACGUGCCCACGCCGUCCGAAUCUUGGGCGAGAGGGUCGCCCCAUUGUGCUGCGGGCCAAUCACUUCCAGGUGACCAUGCCGCGCGGCUAUGUGCAUCACUAUGACAUCAACAUUCAGCCGGACAAGUGUCCGCGGAAGGUGAACCGCGAGAUCAUCGAGACCAUGGUGCAUGCCUACAGCAAGAUCUUCGGCGUGCUCAAGCCGGUGUUCGAUGGCCGUAACAAUCUGUACACCCGCGAUCCCCUGCCGAUUGGCAAUGAGCGUCUGGAACUGGAGGUGACUCUGCCCGGCGAGGGCAAGGAUCGCAUCUUUCGCGUGACGAUCAAGUGGCAGGCUCAGGUCUCUCUCUUCAAUCUGGAGGAGGCACUCGAAGGCCGCACCCGGCAGAUUCCAUACGAUGCCAUCCUGGCCCUCGACGUGGUCAUGCGGCAUUUGCCCAGCAUGACGUACACGCCGGUGGGACGCAGCUUCUUCAGCUCCCCGGAAGGCUACUACCAUCCGCUGGGCGGUGGACGCGAGGUGUGGUUCGGUUUCCACCAGAGCGUGCGACCCUCGCAGUGGAAGAUGAUGCUCAACAUUGAUGUUUCGGCCACCGCUUUCUACAAGUCUCAACCAGUCAUUGACUUUAUGUGCGAGGUGCUGGACAUUCGUGACAUCAAUGAGCAGCGCAAACCGCUCACUGAUUCGCAGCGCGUCAAGUUCACCAAGGAGAUCAAGGGCCUGAAGAUCGAGAUUACCCACUGCGGCCAGAUGCGUCGCAAGUAUCGUGUGUGCAAUGUCACUAGGCGUCCCGCCCAAAUGCAAUCCUUUCCACUUCAAUUGGAGAACGGACAGACGGUGGAGUGCACCGUGGCCAAGUAUUUCCUGGACAAGUACCGCAUGAAGCUGCGCUAUCCGCAUUUGCCCUGCCUGCAGGUGGGCCAAGAGCACAAGCACACCUACCUGCCACUGGAGGUGUGCAACAUUGUGGCCGGACAGCGAUGCAUCAAGAAGCUGACCGACAUGCAGACCUCGACGAUGAUCAAGGCCACCGCUCGUUCGGCUCCGGAUCGCGAGCGCGAGAUCAACAAUCUGGUGAAGCGCGCCGACUUCAACAACGAUUCGUAUGUGCAGGAGUUCGGCCUGACCAUCUCCAAUUGCAUGAUGGAGGUGCGCGGACGCGUCUUGCCGCCGCCCAAGCUUCAGUAUGGGGGACGUGUGUCCACGGUGAUCACCGGCCAGCAGCUGUUCCCGCCGCAGAACAAGGUCAGCUUGGCAUCGCCCAACCAGGGUGUCUGGGAUAUGCGCGGCAAGCAGUUCUUCACCGGCGUGGAGAUCCGCAUCUGGGCCAUAGCCUGCUUUGCUCCACAGCGCACCGUGCGCGAGGAUGCACUGCGCAACUUCACCCAGCAGCUGCAGAAGAUCUCGAACGAUGCCGGCAUGCCGAUCAUUGGACAGCCGUGCUUCUGCAAGUACGCCACUGGACCGGAUCAGGUGGAGCCGAUGUUCCGCUACCUGAAGAUCACUUUCCCGGGACUCCAGCUCGUCGUGGUGGUUCUGCCCGGCAAGACGCCCGUUUAUGCCGAGGUUAAGCGCGUGGGCGACACCGUUUUGGGCAUGGCCACCCAGUGUGUGCAGGCCAAGAAUGUGAACAAAACAUCGCCGCAGACGCUGUCCAAUCUGUGUCUCAAGAUCAACGUCAAGUUGGGCGGCAUCAAUUCAAUUCUGGUGCCCUCCAUCCGGCCGAAGGUCUUCAACGAGCCGGUCAUCUUCUUGGGUGCUGAUGUGACCCACCCACCGGCUGGCGAUAACAAAAAGCCCUCGAUUGCCGCCGUCGUUGGCUCCAUGGAUGCCCAUCCGUCGCGCUACGCGGCCACCGUUCGAGUGCAGCAGCAUCGCCAGGAGAUCAUCCAGGAGCUGAGCAGCAUGGUGCGCGAGCUGCUGAUCAUGUUCUACAAGUCGACCGGCGGCUACAAGCCCCACCGCAUCAUACUCUAUCGCGACGGUGUGUCCGAGGGUCAGUUCCCGCACGUGCUGCAGCACGAGUUGACCGCCAUUCGCGAGGCGUGCAUCAAGCUGGAACCGGAAUACCGGCCGGGCAUCACGUUCAUCGUUGUCCAGAAGCGCCAUCAUACGCGUCUCUUCUGCGCGGAGAAGAAGGAACAGAGCGGCAAGUCGGGCAACAUUCCCGCUGGCACCACCGUCGACGUGGGCAUCACCCAUCCCACCGAAUUCGAUUUCUAUCUGUGCAGCCAUCAGGGCAUCCAGGGCACCAGUCGCCCGUCGCACUACCACGUUCUGUGGGACGACAAUCACUUUGACUCCGAUGAGCUGCAGUGCCUCACGUACCAGCUGUGCCACACGUAUGUGCGAUGCACCCGAUCCGUGAGCAUACCGGCGCCGGCCUACUACGCCCAUUUGGUGGCCUUCCGAGCCAGAUACCAUCUGGUGGAGAAGGAGCACGACUCGGGCGAGGGAUCGCACCAGAGCGGCUGCUCCGAGGAUCGCACGCCAGGUGCCAUGGCCAGGGCCAUCACUGUGCACGCGGACACCAAGAAGGUCAUGUACUUUGCUUAAAAAGUAUCGCCACCCCGCCCCCACACACCUACAUAUAUAUAUAUGUAUAGAUAUAUAUAUACCAACACCAAAAAGUCAAAGAAUACAAAAUCAGUUUCGAAAUUCGAUUCGAAUAAGCUACUCCCCCCACUUCCUCUUCCCUGAGAUCGAAAAGCGGAUGAAAGCCAAGCCUAAAGGUUUAGAAAUAAGUUUACAGUUACAUUUUACGUUUGAGAGAGGGCGCGAUGGGAGGAGCACGAAAAUCUGGCAUGCAAUUUAGUUAUCUGGUAAGCAGAAGAAGAAGAUGAUCAGAUCCCAAAAGAACACAAAGGCACCCACACACACUCACUCAUCGACACUCACACAAAUGAAUACAAAGAGCAGACAGCCAUACAGUGAGAAUUCUCAAAAACAAGCGUAGCAAGCAAAUUGAAUGCAAAUAGGAAAUCAACUUAAGGGAACAAAAACUACGGCAGCAAUACCAACCAACACCAAUUACAAGAAACAAAAAAAAAGUGAAACAAAUGCGAAGCGCGUCAUCAACACGAGAGAGAGACAACUUUUGUAAUAGAAAUUACGAUUACAUUGUACAAUAUAUUUUUACACGAUACGAAAUGAAGACAUGAUGAAUGAUGAAUAUGAAUGAAUGCAUACAACCAAAGGUUUUUAGUAUACAAAAACAAAAUGAAUACGUUGCUGAUCGACUCACACAGCAAGAAACAACACCACAAGAACACCAACAACCACUCGGAUUCUCUGUACUGUGAACGAAGACCACCACCAAAUUAUAAACAACAAACCACAAGCGACAUUAAAGCGACAAGCAUUGAAAGAGUGUAAACACACAACUUAGCAUGUACUAAUGAAAUACUUCAAUAACUAGGGCGCAUAUAUGGAAACCAAGCAAGAACAUUUAAUAGUUUAUAAGUUGGGCUCUACCAAAAAAAAGAAAAGAAUCGGAGAAUGUCAGAUUUAAUGUCAGAUUUAAAUGGGCGAUUAAAGAGAGCGUGGCCAGAAUAACGAGAGAAGUGCAAGCCUAAAACUAACAUUUAAAGUUUUUACAAAACAAAACGACAAAAAAAAAAAAAAAACAAAAAGAGCGAAAUGGAACUGUAACAAGAUAAGAAUACUUAAAUUCAAAAGUGCAAAUAACGCGGUAGCAGUUACGUUGAAAGUGCAGAUAUUUUAUGUUAGUCUUUAGUUAACCCCACUUGUAUGCACACACACAUACAAACACACACACACGAGCCAUCAGACUCCUCCGAACUUCUCCCCUCCCCGAGUCCCCAAGGCAUAUCACUCAAUGUCCCCAAUUAUUUAUGUACCUCCUAACGAUAUUUAGUUGUAGCUACUAUCUUAUAUUUUUUUAAAAAGAAGCGUAACGAAAUUUGUUGAUUUCCUCAUGUUGAUUCUUCGAAUGGAAAAACAUCGCGAACGGAACAGGCCUGCUUUUCGUUUUGUAAUUUUCGUAUUAAUUAACUUUAGAGCAAAGUGGUGUACGGGUAAUAUAAACAAGGUAACUCUCUUCUCCACCGUCCCCCGGAGAGAGGUGGAGGCAAACAACAUUUCAAUAUUUUACAAAGUAGUUUUAGUUUCGCCAAAAUCAACAAGCAACAACAAACAAACAAACAAACAAAAACAAUAUCAAUAUGAAUCGUAUGCUUAAUUAAUUGUACUAUAUCGAGGACACAGUUCAAGUUAACAUUAUGAUGCGUUGUUAUUUAUGCGGUCCUGGGCGACGAUAAUUAUCUCCCGGACCGAAACCUUAUUUAUACUUGUGUACAUCCUUCACAGAACCUUGUAUUUAGAUUUAGUUUCCAAGUUUGCAAGUUGUUUUGCCAAUCGUACAUAAUGUGAGCAUUAUAAAAUACAAUAUAUUUAAAUCUU